AUGACACUUUUAAAUUUAUUUUUGAUUUUAUGCCUGGAGAUUGCGAGUAGUUUUGAUACUAUUAAAUUGAAUCCUACAAAUCAAUAUUUAAGGAGGAUUUUGGAAUUGAAAGAGAAUGAAUAUACAAGUAAUAGUUGUUUAGCAUAUGGAAUUUGGUCAAAGUAUAAUCCUCUUAGUAAAAUCAAUUAGAUAGGAAAGUUUGGAUUAUUUGAUAAUCAUUGCUAUCAUUUGCAUAAUUCAAUUGAUUAAGAAUCUAAAUAUUUAAAUCUGAUUUAUUAUGAUUGUUUAGACUCUUUAUCAAAGAAAAUAACAAAAACACUUUUAUUUAUCAAUAAUUAAAAUGAAUAAAAUAGAUUUGAAAUAAUGAUCAAUCCAUUUGAUUAUGAAAAUACUUGGUUUUAUUUAUAAAUUGUAGCAUGGCCAUUAUAAGAUAUAUUUAAAUUGAUAAUUAUGAAAGGAAAUGAAAUAUAAUUUGAAUCAAUAAAAUACAUGAAAUAUCCAUUUAAAGACAAAAUUUAAAUAUUGUCUUUUGGAGGUUACUUUAUGGUACAUAAUUCAAAGAUACAUGAUUUAGAGAGGGGACAAAUAUUUUCAUAUUUUCCUGGUCCUAUUUUUUUAUAGGACUUAUUAAUUACAAGUUUGCCACUUGAUUUUUCAUUUAUUACUUCUGCAAAUAAAAUAUAUAAUUCAAUUUAGAAUUGUUUUUGUUCACAAAAUGUGAGAUAUUUGAUUGGAGAUAUGGAUUUUAAGAAUUAAGAUAUUAAAACAUUUAUUUCUGAUAAUAUAAAUUGCGAUUCAUUUAUUUUAGCAGGAUGGAUUAAAGUUAAAGAAAUUGUUAAUCCAUCUUAACAACUCACUUAUUAACUAUUCAAAGUAUCGCCAAAUUUAUUAGAUCCCAUCUUUUAAAAUCAUAAUUUAUCACCAUUCUAAUUAUUUUAUCAUAUAGGCACAGAAAAAAAUGAAAUAGAAAUAACAACAUAUAAUUAUACAUUUCCAGAUGUCUCUAUUGAUUUUUCAAAUAAUUCUUUUUUAAUAUAGAAGAAAUUCUUAAUUUAAAAUAAGAUCAAUCUCUGGCAUUAUCUGAAGAUUGAAUUAUAAAAAAAAUAAAUAAAUGUGAAGAUAUUAUUUUAUGAAGAGAAAAACACUUUUAAUUAUGAUGCUAAUUUUGAAGUAUAUUAAUUUUAGAAUUGCUAAUUUAAAGUCUAAUAUGGAAAUUGUUUAUAAACUAAAAACAAUUAUUUAAAUAUCUAAUUGAGAAAUUUAGAGUUUUAUAAUUGUUUUAAAAAACUUUCAUAAUUAAUUUGUCAUUAUAGUUGUUUAGAAUGUGAUGGCCCAUCCAAUUAGGAUUGUUUAUCUUGUUCAAUAGAAUCUUAAAGAAUAUAUCUCCCUGAAUAUAAAGUUUGCAUUUGUCCAUUUAAUUCAAUAGAUAAUUAAAAUCAAUGCUAAACAUUCAAAUAAUCAAAUCUAAGAUUAAUCAAUGAAUAAGAUCCAGAUAUAAAUUAGAAUUGUAAAUACGGAUAUUUUGAGAUUGACGGAGAUUGUAUAAAAUGGUAUCAUUUUUAUUAAUAUUUAGUCCAUCAAUCAUAAAGGAAUCAUUUAUUGGUUGUUUUGAAUGUUUGAACAAACCAAAGUCGUGGUUUUAGUAUCCUACUUGUUAAAAAGCUUAUGUCAUUAAACCUAAUAUCACUAUUGAAGAAGCAUCUGUAUCAUUUAUUUAAAUCCAAUAUUAUUAUGAUGGGAUCUAAAUCAAUUCUAUCCAUAACACUCAUUCAUAAUUUAGUGAAUUAAACUUGCCAAAUAUAAAUGGAAUUUUUAAAGAAUUUCAAUUAGCCUCAAUCUAAUUUCUAAAAUUUUGUUAAUAAAAGAUUUUUGCAGAAGCUGAUUAAUUCAUUUGUUAUGAAUGCUUACUUUAAAAUUGUUAAAUUUGUUUGUUGACUCUAAUUAAUUUCGAAUGUAAAAGAUGUUUAAGUUAUUAUAAAUUAAUAGAUGGUUAAUGUAUAUUGUAAACUAAAAUUAAUUAGAAAGCUGAACUCAUUUGUUUACCACCAUUAUAUUAUUCCUUUGAGAAUUAAUGUAAAAUUUGUGAAAUCAAAAAUUGUAUAUAUUGUUUUGAAUACUCAUUAAAUGAUUUAGAUUUAUGCUCAUUGGUGAAAGUCACUGAAUUUAGUUUAAGAUUGCUAUAAAAAGUCAAAAUAGGUUGUGCCCUUUGUGAAGAAAACUACAUAUUCGAUUUUACUUUAGGGAUAUGCUUAAAAUAAAUUCCUGAAAUUGAAUAUUGUUAACGAUCUUUUAUAAAUUUAUAGAGUUAGGAGUAAUGUGUUUCAUCAAUUUAUGAUGACUUUUCUAUUUCACCAGAGAUAUCUAAUUGUUAUAAAUAUAUUGAAUACUGUAAUAUAUGCACUUUAAAUAUUGAAAAAUAAAUCAAAUGCGUAGUGUGUUAAGAUAAUUUUAUUAUUGAAAAUAACCAAUGUUAUUAAAAUGAAGAAUUUAAUAUAGAGAAAUACUAAAUUUAAAAUUAGACAAAUAAAAUUUAAAGUUUUAUUCUUUAAUUUGUACCCUAAAUGAAAUAGAGUGUUUACAAAAUGUUUUUAAAUCCAUAAAAUGCUAUAUAAUAGAUUUGUGAUCCUGAAUGCAUUUAAUGUAAUUAGACAGGUUCUUAUUGCAGAUUAUGUCCAUUAAAUUAUUAUAAAAAGUAUAUUAUAACAGAGAAAAGCAAAAAGUGUUUCUUAUGUCAUCCAUUGUGUGAAGUUUGUGAAACUCGUUCUAAUGAAGAUAUAAAAGUAAGAAUAUCAAUAAAUAAUAAAUAGCUUAAUUUUCCAAAUUUCAUUGUUACUGAAGAAAAUGAAAUUUAUACUAUGAAAUGUAUAAAACCAUAUAAGGAUCCUUAAAUUUAUUAUGAUCAUUAUUCUAAAAUUGCGAGGUACUGCUUCAAUUAAGAUUGUCAAGAUAAAUUCAUUUUUGACGUUUCAUAUAUAACAUGUAAUUUUACGACACUCAAUAGUUUUUAUGA